AUGCGGGUGCUCAAGUGGACUCCACGAUUUAAUACAGAACAAGAAUCAUCUACUACUCCAGUGUGGGUGUCAUUUGAAGGCCUUCGUGUUCAUAGAUUCAAUAAAGAGUAUCUUGGUAAGCUUUCAAACAUAAUAGGUACGCCGCUAAAAAUUGAUGUUCCUACGCUAAACAUGUCAAGGCCUUCCAUUGCUAGGCAAGUUACGUAUGAGAAUUUGCUGGAGUAUUGCAUGAAUUGUAGAAAAAUUGGUCAUUCAGCCGUCAACUCUCGGCAUGGAAAACAGAAGUCUGCGAAUCAACUUGCGACUGUGAGUUGCGCGACAGUGGGGAUUAAGAAUCCGAUCCCCACAAAGAAAACUGAUAUUGGUGUCCCUCCCAAGCCCUUAGCACCAGAAUACGCUUGGGGAAAAAAGGAUACUGUGGAAAAGAAUGCUGGUCAGGCCAAUAAUAAAGGGCAAGAAGGCUCUACAUCGGGUCUGACAGAAAAGGAGAAACAACAAAUUCUGACAGAUGUUGUACAACUUAGCACUCUAGUUGAGCAAGUGAGCAGAUUACUUUCAAAUGAAAAGUUAAGUGCUAUCCUUGAAAAAAUCUCCCAGGAAGAAAACCUAAAAACAACUUGGGAAAAUGAUGGAAAAAUUGAAGAUCUUGAAAACAUGAAUACUCAACUUGUGGUGUAUACGGAGCCAACAGUUUCGAUUCCAACAAUCAAUCUCUCAUCACGCUUUGAUCUUCUCAAGAACUUGCAAGAGGAUCAAAUAAAUGAUACAGGUGAAAGGGACAUAAAUCAAGGUAAUGAAUUCUUAGAUGAAGUCGCGAGUGAGUCGGAUGUGGAAAUGGCUUAUGAUGAAACUGUAAAGGAACAAGAGGAAGGUUUAAUAACAGAGGAAAGAAGGAUUCACGAUGAUGUUCAAGUUGGUUUACUUGAUGAAACAAUAGAAGAUGCAAGGUUGGUUGUUUCAGAUGGAGAAGACAAUAAGAAGAAAAGAGGGAGGCCGGAGGGUUCAACAAAAGAACAAAGAAUAAGAGCCUCAGAAACUCGUCGAUCGACGAAAUUGCUUGUUUACGCAAAGUCCACUCGCCAGGGAAGAUCUCAUUUGUGGACAGAAUUAAAAAAUUUCCAGCAGCUCUAUGACAUGGAGCCCUGGAUAGUUGGAGGGGACUAUAAUGUGAUACACAACACAAUAAAGUAUGAAGGCUCAUCUCAGCCUGAUAUGGGACCAAUUGACGACUUCAAUAGUUGGAUUAACGACUGUAAACUCAUUGAUUUGACGCUGGUGGGAAAUCUUUAUACUUGGAAAGGAACACGUCAAAAUGGAAUGGUGGAAAAGAGAUUGGACAGGGUGUUGUUUAAUCAGGAGUGGCUAACUUUCUUUCCGAUCGCUUCAGUGCACCAUCUAAAUCGAACAACGUCGGAUCACUCUUCUUUACUGCUUAAAUACAAAUCCGAUGUGGGACCAGCCCCUUGA